UCCAGAACCACGUGCCAUGCUGCGUUUCCUCGCUCCCCGUGUUGUCGCCGCCGCCCGCCGAGUGCAAGGACCGAAGGUUGCAAGAGCCAUGUGCUCCAAGUCGCUUGAGGGCACCAAGACUCUUCAAAACCUCAAGGACGCCUUCGCCGGCGAGUGCAUGGCCAAAGCUCGUUACGAGUAUUUCGCUCAGAGGGCUGACGUCGAGGGGUACACGGAGAUAGCUGCUGCAUUCAGACAAGUAGCUCAGUCGGAAGAGGGACAAGCUCUCGGCCAUCUGGAGUUCUUGCAGGAGAUCGGUGACCCUGUCUCUAACCAGCCGUUUGGCUCCACCAUCGACAAUCUCAACGCCGCCAUCAUUGGCGAGAACCACGAUGGCAACACAAUGUACCCUGAGUUCGCCAAGGUCGCGAGGCAGGAGGGCUUCGAAGACGUCGCCAACUGGUUUGAGACGCUUGCAGAAGCUGAACGCAUCCAGCUCCGCAGGUUCCAACGGGCGGUGGAGAACAUUGGCGACGCUUAAACCUGGGCAGAGCUCUCUGAAAGGCUCGAAACGCUCAGGCCGUAGACUAGAUUUUCUGCAUUCAACUUUGUAAUCUGUUUGUGAUACAAGCAAACUGAAGCUCUCA